CAUCUGUCUCUAACGUAUUUUGGAUGUUUGCAUUCAGGUAGGAAUGGAGACAGAAGGUUUUGCCAUUUAUGAUGCAAUGAUGCAGUUAAAAAAUGAGAUUCACACAGUGGCAGUUGGAGCAGCAAUAGGUCAAGCUUGUCUGCUACUUGCUGCAGGGACCAAGGCCAUGAUUCAGCAGCCUCGUGUUCCAUCAUCCGGUUUGAUGCCUGCCAGUGAUGUUCUUAUUCGUGCACAGGAGGUGAUAAUAAACAGGGAUACUCUUGUCAAACUACUAGCAAAGCACACUGGAAAUAGGAGAGAGUAGCUAACGUGAUGAAGAGACCAUAUUAUAUGGAUUCCUCAAAGGCCAAGGAAUUUGGCGUCAUUGACAAAAUUCUUUGGCGAGGUCAGGAGAAGGUGAUGGCAGAUGUUGCUCCUCCUGAGGAAUGGGACAAGGGUGCUGGUAUCAAAGUUGUUGAAGGAUUUUAGUUCCUCUCGGCUGGGCAUCUGUUUACUAUAUAAAUGAUGAUAUGGUUAUGGUCCUUGCUGGAAAGAUGAACUGAAUAUGCUGGAAGAAUGCUUUCUAGAAUGAUUUGGACCAAGUUAUAAGCAAAGCAGAUGAAACAGGCUACAGGAUGGCAACGG